AUGGCGGCAUCUUCUUCAGCAUCAUUUGUUAAGGAGAGUUUUCAGUAUGAUGUGUUUUUGAGUUUUAGUGGAGAAGACACUCGUAAGAACUUCGUGGAUCACCUUUAUGCUGCUCUUGAGCAACAUGGUAUUCACACUUUCAAGGACGACGAGAGACUCAAACAAGGAGGAAGCAUCAAUAACCAACUUUUGAAAUCCAUUGAAGAGUCAAACUUGUUCAUCAUAGUUUUCUCAAAGAAAUGUGCAUCUUCGUCUUGGUGCUUAAAUGAACUUGUAAAGAUUAUGGAAUGCCAAAAGUCGAACGACCAGAUUGCUUACCCUGUUUUUUAUGAUGUGGAUCCGUCUGAUGUUCGCAAACAACGUGGACCAGUUGGAGAAGCUCUUGCCAAACACAACAAUAAAGAGAUCGGGAAAUGGAGAGAAGCUCUGACUGAAGCCGCCAAUCUGUCCGGUUGGGAUUUAAGGAACACUGCAGAUGGGCAUGAAGCCAAAGUCAUCAAGUUAAUAGUUGAGCGGGUCUCACUUGAGUUACGAUCCAUUAAUGUGAACUUUGAUGAUAAACUAGUAGGCAUGGAACCCCGGCUAAAGGACCUUGAGAAGUCUUUAGAUAUCGCAGCAUCGAACGAUGUUCGCAUCAUAGCUAUCAAGGGGAUGGGAGGUGCUGGCAAGACUACGCUAGCCAGAGCUGUGUUUGAUAGAUUAUCAGCUCACUUUGAAGCUAAAUGCUUUGUUGAGAAUGUAAGGGAAGUUUCAAAAGCGUCGUUGUCUGGUUUGUUGUUAUUGCAACAACAGAUCCUUUCAGAUUUGCUAAAUGGUCAAGACAACAACGUACGUAGUGUCCCUGACGGGACAAACAUGUUGAAAACAAAGAUGCGUGGUAGAAAGGUUCUUUUGGUUUUAGAUGAUGUGGAUCAUCAUGAGCAACUUGAGUCAUUAGCCGGUGAACUUAAUUGGUUCAAGUCUGGAAGUAGAGUUAUCAUUACAACAAGAGAUCAGCAAGUUUUGAUAGCACAUAGAGUGAAAUGGAUUCAUGAUGUCACUCUAUUAUCAAAUGAGGAAGCGAUUGGCCUCUUUUGUAAGCACGAAUUUGGGAAACAUCUUCCAAUUCAAGAGUAUGAAAAGGAAUCACUACAAGUUGUAAAAUAUGCUGCUGGCCUUCCCUUAACAAACAAAGUUUUGGGUUCAUUUUUGUGUGGUAAAGACAAGCAUGAAUGGAUAGAUGCCUUAGCAAGACUCAAAAGAAUUCCGUUGAAAGAGACUCUUGAAAAACUGGAAUUAAGCUAUGAAAGUCUGGAGGAUGAUUACAAGGAAAUAUUCCUCGAUGUUACAUGUAUAUUGAAGGGGUGGGAUAAAAACGAAGCAAUAAGUAUGCUUGAAAGUUGUGGAUUUCGAGCUAGAAUUGGUUUAAGAGUUCUUGAGCAGAGAUCUCUAAUAACUUUUCAUGAUGAUGGUGUUAAUGAUCUUUACUUGAGCAUGCAUGACCAUAUUGAAGAAAUGGGCAAGAAUAUCGUACGUCGUUUGCACCCAGAUGAGCCCAAAAAACAUAGCAGAUUAUGGAUUCAGAAAGAAAUUGAAAAUGGUUUUGAAUCGACAAGGUGUAUACGUCUAAAGGUCACCCCUAAUAUUGCUUUGGAAAGUAUUAGAAACAUGAAGAAUCUAAGAUGCUUUAUUGUAGAAUAUAACCUUGUGAAGAUUGAUGAAGUUGGUCAAUACUUUCCAAAUGCAUUACGGUACUUGAAAUGGCACUAUUAUCCUCAUUGGUGUUUGCCUAAAACCUUUGAAGCAAAUAAUCUUGUUGAGCUUCACAUGUCUAAGAGCGAAAUCGAACAACUUUGGGUGGGGGGAAAGGUUCUUAAGAAGCUCAAAUCCAUUAGACUCCCCUACUCAAAGUUGAGGACCCUUGACCUUGGGUUGACUCCAAAUCUUGUGAGGUUAGAUCUUUCAUAUUGUUGUCAUUUGGAAGAACUUCAUGUGCCAGUUGGAUGUUUAAAAAGGCUUACGCACCUAAACCUCCAGCAAUGUAAACAGUUGAAAUCUGUUUCGUUUAUCAAGGAUUUGGAAUCACUUGAGUUUCUUAACGUAAGUGGCUUAUAUCUAAAGGAGUUCGAGGAUAUAAUCAUGUGCCACUCCAACAGUAAUCUGCAACAGCUUCAUUUUGAUGGCAAUGAUAUAGAAAACCUGCCUUCAUCAAUUGGAAAUCUACAUAAACUUGUUAUGCUAUCAUUCAAUAGAUGCGACAAACUCAAAAGUCUUCCAGGAAGCAUCUGUAGUUUACAUUAUUUAAGAGUUCUUUCUCUUUUAGAUUGUGGCAUAGAGGAAUUGCCUGAGGACAUUGGCCAGUUGGAGUGUUUAGAAGAGCUAGAUUUAACAUAUUCAAAAAUUAAACAUCUCCCGGAUAGCAUUUGUAAGUUGAAACAUCUUAAAACUCUCAUUCUACAACGUUGUAAAGUUUGUAAGUUACCCGAGAAUUUUGGUCAAAUAGAUUCAUUGAAUAGACGAGAUCUAAGAUCAACCAAGAAAAGAGAUGUUCCAUCCAGCAUCUGUAAGCUAAAGCAUCUCAAAUAUCUUAACCUUUCUAAUUGUUCUGGACUUGAGAAACUACCAGAGAACCUAGGAGAUUUAGAAAGUUUGAAUACACUAGAUCUAACAUCAACCAAGAUAAGAGAUGUUCCAUCCAGUAUCUGUAAGCUAAAGCAUCUCAAUUAUCUUAACCUUUCUUAUUGUUCUGGACUUCAGAAACUACCAGAGAACCUAGGAGAUUUAGAAAGUGUAAAGGCCUCCUAA